GGUUUCUGGGGCUGCGUGUGGCCGGGCUGGGCGCAGAACGUGCGGGGCAGGAAAGAAGAGUUGAGCGGCCGCUCCGGCGCGGGGCUCGGUCGGCCGGCCUCAGCCCCGCGGGCCGCCCUCUCGUGCCUAGCCGGCGAGCGCCCUGGCCGUGGGCACCUGCAGGGCGCGCAGCGCGGGGCCGCUGGGCGGCGGCGGCGACAUGAAGGUCACGUCGCUCGACGGGCGCCAGCUGCGCAAGAUGCUCCGCAAAGAGGCGGCGGCACGCUGCGUGGUGCUGGACUGCCGGCCUUACCUGGCCUUCGCCGCCUCCAACGUGCGCGGCUCGCUCAACGUCAACCUCAACUCCGUGGUGCUGCGGCGGGCUCGCGGCGGCGCGGUGUCCGCGCGCUACGUGCUGCCCGACGAGGCGGCGCGAGCACGACUGCUGCAGGAGGGCGGCGGCGGCGUGGUGGCGGUGGUGGUGCUGGACCAGGGCAGCCGCCACUGGCAGAAGCUGCGCGAGGAGAGUGCCGCGCGCGUCGUGCUCACCUCGCUGCUCGCCUGCUUGCCCGCGGGUCCGCGGGUCUACUUCCUCAAAGGGGGUUAUGAGAUGUUCUACUCAGAAUAUCCUGAGUGUUGUGUGGACGUAAAACCCAUUUCACAGGAGAAGAUUGAAGCCGACAGAGCCCUCAUCAGCCCGUGUGGGAAGCUAGCUCUCAAUGUCAGCGACAGGCCAGCUUAUGACCAGGGUGGCCCAGUUGAAAUCCUUCCGUUCCUCUACCUUGGAAGUGCCUACCAUGCGUCCCAGUGCGAGUUCCUCGCCAACCUGCACGUCACGGCUCUGCUGAAUGUCUCUCGGCGGACCUCGGAGGCCUGCACAAGCCACCUACACUACAAAUGGAUCCCCGUGGAAGACAGCCACACGGCUGACAUAAGCUCCCACUUUCAAGAAGCAAUAGACUUCAUUGACUGUGUCAGGGAAAAGGGAGGCAAGGUCCUGGUCCACUGUGAGGCUGGGAUCUCGCGUUCGCCCACCAUCUGCAUGGCUUACCUCAUGAAGACCAGGCAGUUCCGCCUGAAGGACGCCUUCGAUUACAUCAAGCAGAGGAGGAGUGUGGUCUCGCCCAACUUUGGCUUCAUGGGCCAGCUCCUGCAGUAUGAAUCUGAGAUCCUGCCUUCCACGCCGACCCCGCAGGCGCCCUCCUGCCAAGGGGAGGCCGCCGGAUCCUCAUUCAUAGCCCAUUUGCAGACACUGAGCCCUGAUGUGCAGGGCUCCUACUGCACAUUCCCUACCUCCGUGCUGGCGCCAGUGCCCACCCACCCGACGGUCUCAGAGCUCACCCGGAGCCCCAUGGCCACAGCCACAUCCUGCUAGAACGGGGAUGGGGAAGCAGCCCGGCCCCAAGAACAACUGUGAUUUUGUUUUUAAGAAAAAAACCACGUGGACAUUUCAUACCUGUGCAAUACUGAAGACCGCGUUCUGUCCCGCUGCCCCCGUGGGAUAGCCAGUGGUCACCAGGCUUGCAAACGAACUUCAGGUUCUCGGGACCGAAGGAAGGCCAAGCCAUGAUGAGAGCACAGUGUGUGCUGACUACUGUAUUCCAGACCUCCUGCCCUCAGGACUGCUCAGUCCUGGCACCUCAAAGUUCGCCUUUUCAUUUCAAGCGUAAGGCAAUAAAUACCUGCAGCAACGUGGGAGAAAGCAGUUGCUAGCCCAGGAAAAAAGGCAGUUACGAAGCCAAUUCAUUCUGAAGGAAGCACAAUUUCCACCUUACUUUUUUAACCUUGGCAGUCUCCAUAUUCGUCUCUGUUGCUUCAGGGAAUAAGCUGAUCAUCUAGUCAGGAAAGUAACCCCGUAGGGUUUGUAGGGACCCAAUAUAUAUGCUGAUUUGAACCCUCAUGUUUUUGAGACUCCCUCUUGGAUCCAGUGGACACAAUUGGCUGAAGUAGCAAGACGUUGAGACUUCUGGGUUGCCUUUUCACUGUGGGUUCUUCCCUGACUUUGGACUUUGGCAUGACUCUUACUCAUACUUGAACCUUUCUUGUCACACCUCUCCUCAGAGCAGCUCGUUUCAUUUUGAAAAGAGUUCUUCAAACCAUAGACCACAAAUCACCCCUCUGAGGUGGUGGCAGUGGGUGCCAGAAGAAAAAGGGUACCUACUGUCUGGGUCAGUGGCAUUGACAUGGUCGUUUCCUCAGCUUGCUGUCCAUAUGUGUGCGUGUCUUGUCUCUUGUGACACUUGUUUUCUUCCCUGCCCCUGGGGAUUGUCUUCAAGUUGUUGACUUCGGGGAUUUGCAGAGUUCACAUUGUGGUACUACUACUUACUGUCUAUAGGUUGUUUCUCCAGGGGAAAAGGCAAUAAUUUCCUAAAAUCCAUUCGAAUGUGAAGAAAAGCAGUAUGUUGCUAGUUGUCGUCGUCAUUGUUUUUUAUAGUGUAAAAUAAAAAUAGUAAAAAGAAAAAA